AAGGACCUGCAGCAUCGCCUUGAUGAAGCUGAGAAUCUGGCCAUGAAGGGCGGCAAGAAGCAGCUCCAGAAACUGGAGGCUAGGGUUCGAGAAUUGGAGGCUGAAUUUGAUGCUGAACAGAGGCGAGCUGCUGAUGCUGUCAAGGGAGUGCGAAAAUAUGAAAGACGAGUAAAGGAGCUCACUUAUCAGACUGAGGAGGACAAGAAGAAUAUUGCCCGACUUCAGGAUCUGGUGGACAAACUGCAGCUGAAAGUGAAAUCCUACAAGAGGCAGUCUGAGGAGGCUGAGGAGCAGGCCAACACUCACUUGUCCAGGUACAGGAAGGUGCAGCAUGAGAUGGAGGAAGCUCAGGAGCGAGCUGACAUUGCCGAGUCUCAGGUCAACAAGCUGAGGGUAAAGAGUCGUGAAAUUGUCAAGACCAAGGAUGCAGAAGAGUGAGGAAGAAAUUAAGGUUUUACAGUAACAAGAAGUCAUAUAAUAUGAGUAUCGUGUUACUUGUUCACUCUAGCAUGUUAAGCAUGCUGUGAUAACAAAAGUCAAUAAAAGUAGAUAGUUUGUGGCA